AUGAAUAGUAUUUCCCGAUCAAGCAGCUGCGAGAGCACCCAAAGCACCGCCACCAUCAUCGAUCUGGCCGCCUUCGGCCGCUCCACCUCCUACGUCGACAUCUCCGACCUCGACUACGCCGAGGAGCUCUACCACCGCACCGUCGUCCACGGCGGCCCCACCCCCACCGCCGCCUUCCGCCGCCAAAACUCCGUCGUCUCCUUCCUCCGCUCCCUCCUCUCCCUCAUCCCACUCCCCUCCUCCCUCCUACCCACCUGCACCCGCUCCCCUUCCAUCGCCCCCUCCCUCGGCCGCAAGGUCACCGGAACCCUAUUCGGCAACCGCCGCGGCGCCGUCAGCUUCGCCGUCCAGUACGAUCCGAGAUCCCCGCCGUCCUUCGUCGUGGAGCUGGCGGUGUCGACCGCCGCGCUCGUGAAGGAGAUGUCGGCGGGGAGGCUGCGGAUCGCGCUGGAGUGCGAGAAGCCGGGGCGGCGGGCGGGGGCGCGGCUGUUCGGGGAGCCGGUGUGGAAAAUGUACUGCAACGGGAGGCAGUGUGGGGCCGCGCACGUGCGGGAGUGCAACGAGACGGAUUGGCACGUGCUGAGCACGGUGCAGAGGGUGUCGGUGGGUGCGGGAGUGAUUCCGGUGGUGGAAGAGUGCUACGGGAAGGGGGAGCUGGUGUAUAUGCGGGCCCGGUUCGAGCGGGUCGUGGGGAACCGGGACUCGGAGGCGUUUUAUAUGCUCAACCCGGACGGCAACGGCGGCCCGGAGCUCGGGAUUUUCUUGCUUAGGAUUUGA